AAACCCCACUCUUUUCGUUCCGCCAUUAAUAGGGUUUUAAGCUUUUCUUCAAAAGAAAAAAAAGCCCUAAUUUAUUAUUAUGGGUACCCCAAAGAAGAAGAAGAAGAAUCAAACCCCAGAAACCCAAUUCCACAGCGAUCUCAAUCUCUGCUCCAAAAACAAAGAUUUACACGGCGCAAUUUCACUAUACAAAUCCGCAAUCGCCAACAACACUCGACUCAAUCACCACAACCUCAAUGCCCUCCUCUACCUCUGCUCAAACUCCGUCACCGACCCAUCUCUGAAAGCUUUAGCUUUGGAGAAUGGAUUCCACAUCUUCGAUCAGAUGUCUUCGAUCGGCAUUGUUCCCAACGAGGCCACUCUCACUGCAGUGGCUCGGCUCGCCGCCGCGAAAGGCGACGGAGAUUAUGCUUUCGGGUUGGUUAAGCGAAUGGGCGAGUACAACGCGUUGCCGAGGUUGAGAACGUACGACCCGGCAUUGUAUUGUUUCUGUGAGAAGUUGGAAGCUGAGAAAGCUUAUGAAGUGGAGGAACACAUGUGUUCUGUGGGGGUGACCGCAGAGGAACCGGAGCUAGCUGCAUUGUUGAAGGUGAGCUCGGAGACUGGAAGAGAAGAGAGGGUUUAUCAGUAUUUGCAUAAGUUGAGAAGUUUGGUGAGAGUGGUUAGUGAAGCUACGGCUAAGAUUAUUGAGGAUUGGUUUAAAGGAAAGAAGGGUUGUGAGGUUGGUGAGGUGAAUUCGGAGGUGGGGAAGAUUGAAGAGGCGGUUUCGAGGAACGGGGGCGGGUGGCACGGGCUUGGUUGGAUUGGGAAAGGAGAUUGGGUUGUGAAUAGAACAAGAAUUGGUUUGAGUGGGAAUUGUUGUUGUUGUGGGGAGAAGUUGUUUUGUGUUGAUAUUGAUGAUAAUGAGACUGAGAGAUUUGCUAAGUCUAUGGCUUCAUUGGCUAUGGAAAGGGAGGUUAUGUCGAAUUUCAGUGAAUUUCAGGAUUGGUUAGAGAAACAUGGUGAUUAUGAAGCUAUUGUGGAUGGAGCAAAUGUUGGCCUCUACCAACAAAAUUUUGCAGAUGGUGGUUUCAGUGUUUCACAGCUUGAUGCUGUUGUAAAAGAAUUGUAUAAUAGAAGCGGAAAGAAAUGGCCACUUGUUAUCUUGCACAAUAAACGUUCUCGUGCACUUUUGGAGAAUGCUUCUUACAGAAAGCUUGUUGAUGAGUGGGUGGACAAAGGUAUUCUCUAUACGACGCCGAAUGGCUCCAAUGAUGAUUGGUAUUGGCUCUAUGCAACAGUGAAACUCAAGUGCUUGCUUGUAACUAAUGAUGAGAUGCGCGAUCACAUUUUUGAGCUUCUUGGCAGCAGUUUCUUCCUUAAGUGGAAGGAAAGACAUCAAGUUAAAUAUACCUUUGCUAAAGGUACGUUGCAACUUCAGAUGCCACCGUUAUACUCUUCUGUUAUUCAGGAAUCAGAGAAAGGAACAUGGCAUGUUCCUAUAGCUGGUGACUGCACCGAAGAAUCUGAAAAAAAAUGGUUGUGCAUUACACGGUCGAGUGAAGUUCUGCAGAAUAAAGAGACUUUUCAGAAGAGCAACAAUCUCAGCUGCGACGAUAAACUACUGAGAUCAUGCACGUCAACGACUUCACAUGACAACAUGGAUUCAUCGCAAACAUGUGAUAACGAAAAUGUAGCCGUGACAGGCAAAAGAAAAGAGAGAUCUUAAUAUACAUUUCUAACUGAAAUAUUUGAAUGGAGACUAACUUUCAUGAAUGUUGAGUGAGACUACAGCUGACAGUUAUGAGGUGCCUGAUGAUGACGAUGAUGACACUGCCCUAUUUUCAGUUUUUCGGUUAGAGCGGCAAUGGUCUCUGCCAGCACUUAACUCUGUUCCUUCAUGUUAUGUCCUCUAUUGUAUUUUGUGUAAUACUAGCUUCUUAUACUGCAAAUGUUGUAGAAAAUGGUUUAUAAUUAUUCUUAAUUUCUUAUAUUCAA